AUGACAGAAAAUAUCCAAAGCCUCUUAAACAAGGUUCAGAAUAUACAUAUUUCUGCCACCACUGUACCUACCAUUCUUCAAUUUCAGCCUGUUUUGAUAGCAUACCAACUGACAUUGAUCGACUCUGCAAUUUUUCGAAAUAUACCUAUAGACGCCAUUCUUUCACAUGCCCCUAAAACGCCUCACCCUGCCAUUGUCGCCUCUACAGAUUUUUUUAAUUAUUUGACACGCUUGAUUGAGCAUUCCAUCCUAUUAGAACAAGAAGCAUGCAGGCGAGCACAGCAAAUCAAUCACUGGAUCAAAGUAGCUAGCAAAUGUCAUGAGCUGAAAAAUUAUCAAACGUUGAAGGCCGUAAUUUCCGCAUUAGGAACACCUCCUAUUCAGCGCUUGAAGCGAUCUUGGGCUUUUAUUCCCAAAAAAAGCAUGGUGCAACUAGAGGAAUUGAGCGAACUUAUGUCAGAAGCAUCCAAUUAUGGCAGGUAUAGAGAGAGACUGGGUCUAUCCAGAAAUACAAGAAAAAACUCGUUCAGUGAACCCACUGUACCUUUUUUGGGUAUCUUCAUUCAUGAUGUAACGUAUCUAGUGGCGGCGAUUUCGAAAAAGAAGCAGCAAGGAAGCAAUAGCUGGAAGAAGAAACAAGACCAAACGCUUGAAAUACUUAAACAGGACAAUCGCGUUUCAGAGCUAUUAAAGUUGUUCAAAAAUUUUCAGCGUAGUCCAUCUUAUUCACCCAACUUGACACAUACAUGCUUGAAAGAUUUGUACAAAACGAAGAGGCGCAAAAUAUCACAAGCUUUGGCACGCACUUCACCUAUAAAGAAAGUAAACUUCUAUUUACCGUUUGAUGAUAGUCAGCUUAGUAUUGAAUUACAACAAUGCUUGGUCACCCAGUAUCUGUUGACCAGGUCCUGGGUAAGUGAAAAAGCAGUGGAUGAAUUAAGUCUAGUCAGAGAACCAACAAAGACA